GCCAGUGUAUUUCUCGUGUUCGCGACGUGGUAUUUUCCAUGCGGUCUCUGUAGACUUUAACGAUUUCGCCGAUACGCAGUGUUCAUCUGGCAUCUGUUUUUGUUUUCACUGUCGUUUCAAACCAAAUAUUCUAGUUUGCUCGCCAUACUCGGAAACUACUAGACAGACGUUUAUUAUAGCAGCACCGGUGAAAAAAUCAACCUCCAUUAUAAUAAUAAUACAAUUAGUAUUAUUAUCAUACAUGAUCGACGUGAUCGUUUCUUGCAAUUACGCUGCAGAUGUGUAAUGAUUUCUCAAUGAUACAAUCGAUAAUAACAUAAUAUAUUAUGUAUCUCAAAGUCAACGUUCCGCCCGUCUUCAAACAGAUGUUUGCCGCGUCCGGACCACUGAUUGUGACGCUCGGUUCCGGGAUGACUGUUGGGUUUUCAGCUGUACUCUUGCCGCAACUCAAGGACGACCGAUCGACCAUCAAAAUCAGCAGCCAUCAAGAGUCGUGGAUAGCCAGCAUGGCGGCGCUACCGAUGGCCGUCGGGAGCGUGCUGGGCGGCGUGGCCAUGGACAGACUGGGCCGGAAGACGACCAACCUGCUCAUCUGCGUGCCGUUCGUGCUCGGCUGGACGGCCGUCUCGAUGGCCACCGGCGUGAACGGCGUGUACGCGGGCCGACUGCUCACCGGCCUGUGCACCGGCCUGCUCGGGCCGCCGACCGCCGUGUACAUCGCCGAGGUGACGGAACAGCGUUACCGGGGCGCCGCCCUGGCCAUGAUCUCGUUCUCGGUGUCGGCCGGCAUACUGGCCGUGCACACGAUGGGCACGUUCCUCGGCUGGCGACUGGUGUCGGCCCUGUGCUCGGUCGUGCCGUUCGCCGGUUACGCGCUCAUAUGGUUCACGCCCGAGUCGCCCGUCUGGUUGCGGGAGGACGAGGACAGGCGCCGCCGCCGCCUUCGGACGACCGCCGCCGACCAUCACGACAACCGGCCGCCGCCGUCGUCGGAAGUGGACGCGCAGUCGCCGCCGCCGCCGCCGGACGCCGUCAAGCCGACGGCGCGUCAGUGCUUCGGCAGGCCGUCGUUCCUGGCGCCGCUGGCCGUGCUGUCCGCGUUCUUUUUCGUCCAACAGUUCUCGGGCGUCAACGCCGUGGCCUUCUAUUCGGUGACGCUGCUCAAGCGCGUCGGGCCCGACCUCAACGAGUACCACUGCACCAUGGCGCUGGACGUCAUCCGGCUGGCCGUCUCCGUGCUGGCGUGCGGCCUGACCAAGCGGUACGGCCGCCGGCCGCUGGCCGUCGUGUCGGCCGUGGGCACGUGCGCGUCCCUGCUGUGCCUGGCCGCCUCGGUGCGCGACCCCGGCGCCCGAGCCACCGGCAGCGUGGCCGUCCAGGCGAUCCCGGCCCCGGCGGCCACCGCCAGCCUGACGCCCGUCCUGUCCAUCGUCGCGUACAUGGUGUUCGUCAACAUCGGUCUGGUGCCGUUGCCUUGGAUCAUGUCCGGCGAGAUGUUUCCCGGGUAUUGCCGCGAACUCGGCAGCGGUCUGUCCACGUGCUUUGGGUUCUUCAUGUUCUAUACGGUGAUCCAAAUCAGCCCUUAUUUGCUGACCAACAUCGGCACGUCGAUGACGUUUUACAUUUUCGGCACCGUUUCCGGAGUUGGUGCAUUAUUUCUUUAUCUGUGUCUACCUGAAACCAAAAACAAAUCAAUGGAAGACACGACGUGACGAAUCACGGAAUAAACGGUAACGGUCUUACUAGAAAACAUGUAACAUAUUAAAUACAUUGAUUCUGGAUGGAACCGCGGACGACAAUGAACGAACGUAGACGUUGUUAAACGUUUAGCCGGGAGAUCUCACUCGGUGUAUAUUGUUAUUCGAGUCAUCAGAAAUAAACGAUAAUAAUAUUACCAGUUUAUACCAUUAUUAUGUUUUAACCCGUUUGAGGUUAGAUAAUUAUUAAAAUAAGUAUUUAAAUAAUAUAUUUUGUGUAUUUUAUAUUCUAAAAGUAGACGAUAACUGUAAAUAAUUAUUAUAAUAUCAUACGCCAGCGAUAAUUUAUAUUACACAUAUUACAUAAUAUAGAUAAUAGAUAUGCCAUUAUUAUAUAUACAUACGUGUUCAUAAUAUUAUAAUAUACAAAAUACAAAUAUAAUAUUAUGCA